AUGAUCACGACUUUGAUUGAGGAGAUGUAUUUACCAAGAGUGCGGUCUCCCGAAGAGCUCCGAGAGUUCUACACCAUCGUUCUCCGAGCUAAGAGUGAGAUCCACGAGCGACAUCUGCCUCGGGGCAUCGCUGAAAGGGCCGUCGCGGGUUAUGAUUAUGAUGCACAUAGCAUGUUAUCGCGAGGCUCAGCCUCUACAGCCUGCAGUCAGAAUCAAUCCUGUAGCUCCGCAUCGUUGUUCAGCGCACAAGCCCAAACUGCCAGCUCAGCUACUUCUAUCAGUGAGGAUAGCGAGUCGGCCACGUUGACUACAUGCCAACGAAUCGUUCGUUCAUGCGUGUCAGGUGUCCACCCAAACGUUGCUGGGUUUCAUUCAGCUUUGGAGCCAGAGGACGUAGAUACCCAACCCAAAUCCUGUGCCAUUGUGGGAACGACUACGCGAGUUGGCUACGAUGUGGGACUUGAGUUGUCUGCUCUGAAGAGCUUCCGAUUAAACUUGUCCUGUCAACAAUGCCGGGUGCACAAGCUUGGAUGUGAUGGAGCAAGUCCGUCUUGCUGGAACUGUGCCCAAACCUACCAACAAUGCUGCUAUGGACGGACCGAGGUUAGUAGCAUGCCAGGAAACCUCAAAUCGCCUGAGAUUCGUGCAGAACAAAUCCUAGAAUUCCCCUCCUGGGAAGGGUCGCUCCGAGACCACCCGUACUAUAGUUUAGAAGGAAGCAAGAAAUUAGGUCGCGUAGGUAUGUGGUCUUUGAAGUUAAGACACGACCUUCCCCAAAAGGCCGAAUCGUCUGGAAGCUCCCCCGCAGUGGAUAUGGAACGUUCUCCGGGCGGUGAUGAUGAAGUGCUCUUGAUCAGAGGUUCACCAGUCCCUUUCGGUGAUGGAGAUUCGGCCUUUGUAGAAGAUGAGACGGAUGACACUUCUUCUUUUAAGAGCUCGCCAUCAACGUUCAUCCAGUCAUAUUCUUCGUCUGUGGGCCUACCUUCUCGCGAUUCUGGUUUAACGAUUCCCUUGGAUCUUGGUGUGGUAUCGAGUUUGACCUUAUCGUCGCAACCACUUCAUUCUAGCAAGGAAUCUAUAUCAACUUCCUCUGACGACGACUCACAGUCACCAUGGGAGAAGGAUGGAGGGAGCAUAGCGGAAUGCGUUUUUGAACACGCACCAUCUCACAACCCCGAAGACUUCCAUGGUAGUUCUUCACAGCUGUUUCACUGUAUAUUUUGCUCUGAACGAUUUGGUAACCAAGAGGAAUGGGGGCAGCACGAACAAACCGAACACUUCGAUGCGGGGGGGGAUUGGAUUUGUAUGCCUUGGGGUGCUAUAGAGGAAUCAGAGGAUAAGAAAGCGAUCUGUGCGUUUUGCGGUACUGUUGAUCCAGAUAGCUCGCACUGCUCGCAGCAUAAGGGUGAAUCCUGCCUGAGCCGGUCAGUGGAGGAUCGAACGUAUAGGAGCAGAGAGGACUUUCAGGAACACCUUCGGAAUCACCAUAACCAGCAGACUAUUACAGUGUGGAUGGAAAGUUGGUCAUUUCCUCCGAAGGACGAUGCAUACUACUGGCAAUGUGGAUUUUGCGAUACGUUACUGCCGCGGUGGAGCGAACGAGCGAUACAUAUCGGUAAUCACUUCAAAACAGGAACGGCUAUGUCCUGCUGGAACCCACUUGUGCCACCUUAUCCAAUCAGUAAGACUACAGGGAUUCGAGUCCCUUGGUUUUCUUCUGUGCAAUGGGAUCCAGGGACAUUCUUGGCUCCAGAGCUAGCAGAGUAUAACAAACUUAACAGCAAUCAUUCUGCUAGUAAAUAUCGCCAAUGCCACCGCUGCAACCUUGGCUUUAGAAGUGAUGGGGAUGCUAAACGCCACAAAGAAGUAUGGCAUCUUCCCCAGGAUGUUUGGUCAUGCCCCACAAUGGACGAUGUUAGAGCUGCUACCUAUCUCCAGGCUGGCCCAAUGGCAUGGUAUUUAUUUCAAAAUACUUCACUUCCAAUAUUGUGCGAGGAAGAUGUCUGCCCCUAUUGUGGCGAUCCCUCCGACAUAAUAUUUGAGGAUUACGGUGAGGAUAUCAUGGAAUGCUCUGCAGAUUGGGAGAUUCGGAUUAAGCACUUGAAACAUGAGCACAAUAUGGAUAGGUGCCAAGCUACGCUCAAAUUCAAUAGGGUGGAUCAGUUUCUACUCCACCUGGCUGGCAGUCAUAACGUCCGGCUUACAGAUUGGACGAAAGAUGUAGUUGAUUCGUGUAAGAGGCAGAAGCAGGUUCCACCCCCGAUAAAGAAGGGGUUUCUUGUCGAGUAUAAUGAUGGAAUCGCAUGA